UUUUCAGGCUGGAAGAAAUUUUGGUGAAGAUGUGUCGUUAGUCGAGCUGGGACUGCUGACUGGGACGUUCAUGGAGGGUCGAAAGAAGGAAUUGCGGCUUGUCAAGACAUUCGAUCCAAAAUGGCCGGGACGAGAUCAAAUACCCAAAAACUUCGACGCCCGUCAAAAAUGGCGUAAAAUGUGCCCCAGAAUCGGAGAAGUGGUGGACCAAGGACGCUGCGGCUCUUGUUGGGCCAUCUCUGCGGCUGGCUCUUUUACCGACAGAUACUGUAUCGCCACCAAUGGCAAGCAUCAAAUGCGGCUAUCAGCAGCAAAUGUUCUCUCCUGCUGCCGUGACUGUGGUGAUGGAUGCGACGGAGGGUGGGAGCAUUUGGCUUGGGGCUACUUCAACAAGCACGGUUUACCGACCGGUGGUAGGUGGAACACAACGGAAGGCUGCCAACCGUACAACAUCCCAUCUCCGUGCAAACGCAGUUACAACAGGCACUGCCCUUACAAAACCUGCCCAAUAUACGACGUAACGCCAAAAUGUCAGACUCACUGUACCAACGAAGCAUACGGAAAAACAUUGAGAAAAGACCGCCACUUCA